AUGCCCGCAUGUUUUGCCUGGAUGUUCCAAUCCCAGCUCAUCCGGUUUGAAUCUUCUCAACCCUUGCAAUCUUUUCCGUGUGCGCAAGAAACCUUCCCGCUGACCUUGUCUCUUCUUCCGUCGCAGUUCGACCCGGAUUUUCAAACGCCUCUAAUACUCGGCGAGUCGUUGGAUCUGUCGGACUCAGAAGAAUCACAGUUUGUCGGUGCAUUUUCAGAGGGCCUGUGGGCCAAGUCCGAGCCCAUCUUGUCCAUGUCUGCAUUCCAGAAGCCCGUUGCCGGCGCCAUAAUCGACUACGGUUCCACUCGAUCUUUGCAUGAUGCCGCUUCUUACUCGAACUACGGUCAAUCGCCUUAUGUGACGACCCCGAUGGUUCCCUCACCCAUGGCCGAUCAGGCAAGUCAGAUCUCUGAUUGUGUUCCAUAUCUGCCCAACGAGUACGCUAGCUCGUACGAAGAAUCUCAGUCGCCCAUGAUGGGCGCACGCCACCGUCAGCUACCCGAAAUUGUGACAUACAGCCCCCAGCGAGGAAGUGAAGGAACGAGGGUGAUGGUCCAGAUCCAGUGCCCCUAUGACCUUCACGCUUCCUCGUACGCAGCUUUGUACGUGGUUUUUGGCUCAAAGAAGUGUGAAUCGCUCCCGCAUUUCCUUGGAUUCCAGGGCUCCGCGUUCCAGUACGGGCUUUCCGCUGAUGUACCAGCAUUCUUGUCCACUGGAUCUCCAUCUUUUGCUGUUCCUCUAUCCGUUUCAAUGGAGACCCAGGAUGACAGUCCCGCAACUUCUCUCCAGGUUGGUGUUUACACUUACGAACAAGUUUCCCACCCUUCGCCAUCAGCCGAUUCCCGCAAGAGAAAAUUCUCCUCAUACUCUGAUGUUCCUAUGGCAUCUGCCAAGCGACACAACGGAUCUGUGAUCCCCAAGGUUGAGCACCACGAUGGAUAUCACAGCCGCUCUGUGUCUGCAUCUUACUCGCCCUACUUGCAGCCCCUCCCAGCCAUGGCCGGGUUUGUCGCACCAUACCACGCUGCAUCAUCUCCUCAGACCGGCUCUGGCCAAUACUCCUCGGUGUCUGCCACCCCCCAGCCCGCCCUCCGUGCCCCCUCCCCUAUCACCCCAGCUUGGAGCCCAUCCUUCGUUCCUGUGAGCAAUGAUGGUCGCAACUCAGGUCUCGCCCUGACAAACGGUGUUCCUCAGCACAAGGGUCCCACCCAGCGUAACACUUCAAAUCCCACCUUGAUCCGCACCUCCACCAUACAAACGCACACCAUGUCCCACAACCCAGCCUUCAACCCCUAUGCCAUCUAUCCCACCAAGGCCAUCCUCAAGCUUAACGGUGACCUCGAUAGUAUGACACAAGGCUGGUCAAAAGAAGAACGCGCAUGUCAACGCCGCCUGGUCCAAUUCACCCGCUCGCAAACUGGUAGCACUAUUCAGGGCGAAUUCAAGGCUGUCACUCCCGAGGAUCGCGCCCCGAGCAGUAUCUGCAUCAGCUGCAUCUCAUGGGAAGACAAGAAUGAGUGCUACGUAACUAGCGUGGAUACUAUCUAUUUGCUUGAGUCCCUCGUGGCCGUGCGCUUCACUGUUGAAGAGAAGAAUCGUAUUCGUCGCAACUUGGAGGGUUUCCGCCCCCUGACCGUCUCCAAGGCCAAGGUUGACAGCGAAGAGUUCUUCAAGGUUAUUAUGGGUUUCCCUGCCCCCAAGCCUCGCAAUAUCGAGAAGGAUGUCAAGGUCUUCCCUUGGAAGGUUCUAGGUCACGCUUUGAAGAAGAUCAUUGGGAAAUACUCCAUCUCCGACGCUGGUCCGGGCACCACCUACACUAGCAUGCCAGUACAGAGCUAUUCGCAGGCAGACCCUUCCGCCUCCCACAUGGCCUCGGCCCCUGAUCCUCGAUCCAUGAUCGCAGUGACUCAACCCUAUACAUCUAUGGGAGCAUACUCCUACCCGGCCAUCUGCCAUCCCCAAAGUGCUCACGCUUUGGCAGCCCCGGCUCCGCGACCAUCUUGGGAUAUGCACACUCUCGGCCACAAUCCUCCCCACACCGGUCCAUCAGGAAAUGGAGCAUGCUACACCUACCUGGAUCCUGUGUACUCCAUGCACGACACGGCCCAUAGCGGCCACUGA